UAUUAUUCUUGCAAUUGACUUGGUUAUCCACUGAACUAAGAGGGAUUUACUUUUUCCGAUUCAAAAAAGAAAGGAAACUCGACUCUUCCCCUCAUCCUCUCAUAUCUCUCUGCAUAUAAAAGUUUGCUCAUCUUCCCCUGGUCACUCCCGCUUCUUCUCUGUCUGAAGCAUUCUUCGCCAUCCUGACUUGACCCAUCUGAUCGUCGGAUAGGAUUACGUUGACGCUUCUCUUCUUCUUUUGAUUGUCCCUGCUGUCUCAGUACAGUAUACGAUUGGAAAAGAAAAGGACAGCAGUAGACUACGACGCCGGUGGUGAAACUCCCUUGUUGAAGUAAUACUCGGCUCAUAACUGCAAACUGCUACCUUGGUUGUCAUUUCGACUCCAUUGACAUCUGCUCAUCAGAAAUGUCGCAGAAACCCAUUUUUGUUGCUACCCAUCCUCGAGCAUGCUCCACGGCCUUUGAAAGAGUCUUUAUGACUCGCCGUGAUUCUAUACAAUGUAUCCAUGAGCCCUUUGGCGAUGCCUUUUACUAUGGUCCCGAAAGGCUCAGCUCCAGAUUCGCCGAUGAUGAACAGGCCCGUCUAGACAGCGGCUUCAGCGAAUCGACCUACAAGACGGUGCUGGAUAGAAUCGAGCGUGAAGCUGCCGAGAACGAGGGAAAGAGAGUCUUCAUCAAGGAUAUUAUCCACUACCUUCUGCCUCCCGACGGCAAGCCUGCCAGCAUUGCCCCCUCACUCCAGAGGAUCAAGCGCGGCGUAGGCACCAAUGGACAAACCACCGGUGAAGAAAACGGCGUGGCCAACGGCCACGUCGACCAGGGCAGCAACGGCCAGGACCAGACCGGCCAGAACGGUCACUCCAAGUCCCGGACCGGCGAGCCCUACCCAUACGACACGGAGCCCGAACCAGGCAAUCCCACCGUGAUGCCCAAGGAGCUCCUGUCGCGCUUCCACUUCGCCUUCCUCAUCCGCGACCCGCACUUCAGUGUCCCCUCCUACUACCGGUGCACCGUCCCGCCCCUGGACGACGUCACCGGCUUCUACACCUACGACCCCCUCGAAGCCGGGUAUGACGAGGUCCGCCGCGUCUUCGACUACCUGCGCCGCGAGGGCCUGGUCGGCCCGCACAUCGCCACGCGCGAACAGGACGCCAACGAGCUCACCGACAACCAGAAGCCGCAGCCUGUUGUCCCCGGUCUGGGCGCAGGCCGCGAAUCUGGCGCGGAGAUCUGCGUCAUCGACGCAGACGAGAUGCUCGAGAAGCCCGCCCCCAUGAUCGAGGCGUUCUGCCGCAGUGUCGGGCUCGAUUACGAUCCCUCCAUGCUGUGCUGGGACACCGACGCGGACCACAAGAUUGCGCGGGACGCAUUCGAGAAAUGGCGCGGUUUCCACAACGAUGCGAUCGAGUCGAAGGGCCUGAUGGCGAAGAAACAUCACCCUCCCAAAUCCGAAGAAAAAUUCGACGCCGAAUGGCGCGAAAAGUACGGCCCCGAGGCCGCGGCUCGCAUCCGCGAGGCUGUCGACCGCAACAUGCCGGACUACCUGUACCUGAAGCAAUUCGCCAUGAAAGUGUAGGCUUGCGCCGCUGCGGAAACCUAGCAGAAAAAGUGGGUAAAUUGCAACGAGGAGGAUUUAAGCAGUAUUUAAGGUUGGCACUUGACAUCCCCUGCGAUGAUCCAUGUUCCCACGACGAUGCCAACGACGAUGAUGAGAUCUUAGCUCUGAUGACGCCAUUUCGGGAUUCUCCAUACUCCGUACUCCACGGAGUGUUUCUACUUGCAUUUCUGAUUCUGAUUCUGAUUCGUCUAUUUGUUUGAUUGUCUGCGAUGUCUUUUGCGUGUAGGGAGAUUAUCAACCCUUGUCAGGGUCAUAGUCAUAGCGAUAGCUGUGUUAGGAUACUGCACUAUUCCGUAACGAUUUAUCCAAC